AUGGCCUUCAGUGAUUUAUGUCACUUAAGUAAUGCGUACAAAACCGUCGAAAAUGAAACAGAUCAGUCGGAACGCAUUAUGGAAGAAAAUACGAUCGUCCGUGAUCUCAUCACAAAAAUUCUCGAUGAGACCGGACCAUCAGAAGGGUGCAGCCCUACACAACCACCGGAAAAACCAGUAAACAGUAUACAACCGAGCCCUCAAUAUCCUAAAAAUGAGGGCAACUCAUUCAUACCACCGUCAUACAACUCAUACCAGAACAACCAGCUAUUCAACUUCAACCAAUCCGACCAAAACGGAUUCAACUUCAACCUGCAAAACGGUUUCGGUAACAAUAACGGUUUUGUCAACUACGAUAAUGACGUGAGUGCGUUACUCGGGAUUGAUCCCGUUGCAGAUGCGUCGACCGAAACCGUGACACCAGAACAAUUAAACCUUCUAAGGUUAGCCGCACAAGAAAUUGGCGGUGCACAGUUCUCAACACCGAACGAGAAAUUCAACAACUACAAUUUCUUCGAACCGAACCAAAGAAACUCUUUGCCUGAAGCCAAUAUGUUCUCAGUGAACAACUUCAGCCGACCAAACAGUUUAAAUCUUGAUAUGAACUUCAAUUCCAACUUCGAAGCCCCAUUUAAUAACACACAGAGGUUUCCUAAUAAUUUCAUGAAAGACCAGAAUCAGGAGACGGAAAUAUUGACGUAUUUGAAUCAAUUGAACAUGUCUUCGGACAGGCCUCGGGACGAAAAUGGAAUUAACAAUGUGGAUUUGAGGAUGCAAAUGGAUUUAAAUGGUCACUUUCCAAAUGAGGACUUCAGGCAAGAGGACCGAAACAAAAUGUUCUGCAAUAGAAACUUCCAGCAGAUGCCGCCAAACAGGAAUUUUGGGGAGAAUAAUUUCUACGACAUGAUGGCUCAGAUGAACGAUAGGAGUCCUAUGGGUCAGAACUUUGAUUUUUCGAACCAAUCGACGCCAGUGUCGGCAGCUAACUCGAUGAAUUUCAACCGACCGAAUGGGUUUAACCAGAACGAUAUGAUGCAGAGACGUGAUAUGAAUCCCAUGAUGCCAAGGGACAAUUUCCAGGGGAAUGGCAAUAUGAAUGAGAGGAACAACUUCGAGAAUAUGGGUCGUGAGAAUAUGCAGCAGGCAGCUAUGAUGAGACAGAACCAGGAGUUGGCUCGUCAAAUGAGCAUUUUAAUGCGCAAUAGACCACCUCCCAGUCAGUUGAAUGUUGAUGUGUCGUUUUUGCACGAGAAUAACCCCUUUAACCUUGGUCUAGGCGCCCUAUUAGGCCCCAGUCCACCGGUCCCACCGCCAGUGUUGCCAUCGCCGAUGCUAGAUCUACCUCUAUUGGCACCCUUCUACGCAAUGAGGAAUAUGAGAAGCGCAGCAACAUCCUCAGGCAUCCUCCAUGCUCGUCUAGACGCUUGCUACGAACAAUGGCGUCAACUUGAACGGGAACGUAAGCGUACUGAAGCAAGGCUGGCCCUGGCAUACCCUGGUAGGGCUGUGUCCUCGUCCAACUCAAUACCAGUGCCACGACUGCCACCCUGCCCCACCAGGGUAGAUCGACUCACUGUUGAUAUGCUCAGGGAGCAUACUAAGGUAUUAACACUAAUGGGAAAAAUGGAAACGCUUCGCGCGAGUGUCUGCGUGGCUCAGAACAAGAAACCCAAUAAACCAGAGGAAAACAAGAUCACAGUACUGAAGCGGGGACAGGAAGUGAAUGAGAAAGAGAAAGAGGGAGUCGGAGUCGGAGUCGAUCCUGCCACCUUCGACCCUAGCACUUGGAGGGAGGAUAUUAAUCAUUUGUCAGAGAUCGCCCCCCACAGUGAGGUAGAGAGCGCGAUGUUAGCGUGGCGCAGUGCAGUGGGCGCUGUACAGGCCGCGAGACGACGGGAACUAGCGCCUCAUCGGGCUCCGAGACCUGAUCCGAUCCUGCAGCUGUCGGAGGCGGUGAAGGCGCUGAGUGAGUGCGCGCGGCGCGCCCGCUGCGCCAUGUGGUGCGACCUCACGCUCACGGUCGCACUCGCGCCGCACAACAACGACCGCGUCGCCGUGGACACAGCGUCCCCAGUAUCUCCUCAGACCCCGGCAGCCAAGUCCCCCGCGGGAGCAGAGAGUACUACCACCACUACAGCUACUCCUGCUGCACCUGCCACCCAGCCUGCAGAGGAAAAACCACCCGCCGAAGCGCAACAAACAAAAACUGAAACCAAAAACGAAGCGAAACCCGCUGCAAAACAGACUGAAAACAAAGAGAAAAAUCAACAACGACGCACACAGAAUUAUAGAAAAGUGAACCAACGUAGCGACUUCUAUCAGAAGAACCAAAGGUAUGAUACGAGAUUUAUGCAUAACCGACAUCCCUAUCACUACCUCGCGACCGGACCUAUCAACUAA